GGCUUAUCGUGUUGGUGAUCGCUCAUCAGCGCUCAGCGGAGAACCUGAAACGGCGCCGGGAGCACGGACUUGACUAGUCUACUCACACGACCGUCGCUCUUGGUGGGCGAGAAGUUUGAGCGAAGACUGCACCGAACACGUCUUAUUCACUUACGGCCCGCAUUGCGUCAUAAAGCUCUAUCGACAGCACCGACACCGACACGCGACACACGUUCUACGCGCGAGCAGGCCCGCAGCGACCAGAAGUGCGGGUGGCGGAGAACCACCACGACCCAUCGCCACACCUCCGACCUCCUCCGAGUCGCAGAACCACAGGCUGACAACAAACUCUAAGCCCGACACGACACCCUCACGCGCACCUCAACUCGUCGGACGCGUGCCUCGCCCGUGCCAGGCGACCGGUCGCUGCGCUAUCAGCCUGCGCCGCGCCAAGAACAGGACCGAGACUGAGCCCGGCGCAUAUCGAGGUAGUCAUUCUCGACGGAUGAGGCGGCGGACGUAGACAGCAGCAGCAGUGCGACCAUGGCGGCGCUCGCUCCUGCUAACAACAACAAUGCAGACAGGAAACGCGUCAAGGUGUACGAGCUGAAGAAUAAUGACUGGUAUGACCGUGGGACUGGCUUUUGCGAAGGAAAGCUCGUCAGCCCGGCUGGCGCGCAAAACGAAGAACUCGAUGCGCGCGUUGUCGUCACCAGCGAGGAGGAGCCGGAGCGCGUGCUACUGGAAACGCGAAUAGCCAAGGAUGAUGGGUACCAGAAACAACAGGAAACACUGAUUGUGUGGACGGAAAGCAAUGGCGUGGACAUGGCUCUCAGUUUUCAAGAGGCGGAAGGGUGCGCGCAUAUCUGGCAGUUUGUGAGCGAGAUACAAGGAAGACUCGCACCCGAAGACGGCCUGUCCGACGACCUGCUGGGCCCCGAGCACGCAGUAUCCUUGCCCGAACCGCAGAUUGGAAAAUUGGAAGAGGUCGUAGACGCGAUACGGCAGCAAGCGAACACACCUGGAGGUCGAGAUGCGCUGAGCAAGUACAUCAUGAGCCCAGAACAGAUGUACAUUCUCAAACUGGCACCGGUGCUGAAAGAGCUGGAGGAGAAACACGAGAUCAACGAGCUACACCGCCUUUGCACGAUCAUGAAGCACAUCAUUCUGCUCAACGACACGUCCAUUAUCGAGUUCAUCGUCACCGACCAGGCGAUCAUGGGCGUAGUGGGCGCUCUCGAGUACGAUCCCGACUUUCCCUCACAUCGCGCAAAUCACCGGCAAUUCCUCUCUGAUAAGUCGAAGUUCAAGGAAGUGGUCAAGUUUGAAAACAUGGACGUUACGAGGAAAAUUCACUACACGUACAGGCUCCUCUAUUUGAAGGAUGUUGUACUGGCGCGAAUACUCGACGACCCGACCUUUUCCGUGCUUAAUAGUCUCAUCUUCUUCCAUCAGGUGGAUAUCAUCGGCCACAUCCAAGCAAACGCCCCAUUCUUGAAAGAGCUGUUUGAGAUCUUCACAGACAAGGAAGAGCCGGAGAGGAAGAAGCAGGCAUGUCUCUUCAUACAGACCUGCUGCGCAGUCUCAAAGUCGAUACAAGCCCCUGCGCGAGCACAGUUGUACGGCAACUUCUUGCAUCAUGGGCUGUUCAACAUGAUCACAUAUGCUCUACGGCAUCAGGACUCAGCAGUGCGGGUGGCAGGUACUGAUAUUCUAGUGUCAUUGAUUGAUCACGACUCGCAUGUCGUGCGAAAUCAUAUUAUCAAAGCCAUUCAGGAGAAGACGACACCUCUUACCGACAUCCUCAUCGAGCUCCUCCUGGUGGAAACGGAUCUUGGAGUCAAGAGUCAGAUGGCCGAUGCGAUUAAGAUUCUCCUCGAUCCUACAUCUGCCUCGGCUGGCAUGGAAGCCAUGAACCGUGCUGGUAACUCGGAAAUGAUGGCAAAACGUGGCGGACCCGGCGAUCAUCCUGGUCACCGCUUUUCACCUCAAGCAAAUCAAUUCAUACAAAACUUCUACGAGGACGGCGCGAAACGGCUGUUCAAGCCACUCAAAGAUCUGGAAGGUCGACCAUCCAUGCGAGAUCUCACUGUACAAGAGACCAGCCUGUACACACAUCUCGUGGAGAUACUCAGCUUCUUCGUCAGACAACACGCCUAUCAGUCGAAGCUCUUUAUCCUCUCUGAGAACCUACAUUCACGGAUAGCCCAGCUUCUGGAAUGCCCGCAAAAACACAUGAAGCUGAUUGCGCUCAAGUGGUUCCGGACGUGUAUUGGCCUCCAGGACGAAUUCCACAACCGGCAAUUGACAAACAACAAGCUCUUUGAGCCGAUCCUGAACAUUGUCUACGAGACCAUGCCCAGAGACAAUCUGCUCAACAGCUGUUGCCUCGAGCUCUUUGAGUACAUCAAGCGCGAAGGCAUCAAACAGAUCAUUUACCACCUCGUGGAAACGUAUCGGGAACGAUUGAUAGGUAUCACCUAUGUCAACACCUUCCAGGCGAUAGUACACAAGUUCGAGCAAUACCAGAAUCCAUAUGUACCGGAGCGUGAAGGAGAUACGAGCUUCACCACCGAACCAGAUACGCCUGACGCAUUGCGAGGACGUAUGACGAACGGCAGACAGGUGUUCAGCGGCUUGAAAGAGGAUGCAGAUGAGGACGCUUACUUCAAUGCGGACGACGAAUUGGAUGGCGAGUUCGGCGACGAUGACGAUGGAGACCUACUUUCUCAUGCGACGAUGGCUAAGCUUGAUGCUGUCAUGUCCAAUGGCCACAUUGACACCACCAGCGCUAACAAUACCAACAAUGCUAGCCCCAUGAAGGCACUUGUCAACUAUCCGGAUGAUGACGAUGACGAGGAAAUGGAUCUUCAAGCAAGCUCACCCGAUGUUCUCAAGGGGCAGAAGAGCAGUAGCAGCACGAAUGCUUCCGAAGCAAACACGUCAACAGAUUCCCCAGAUGGUCAACGAGGACGUAGUCGAGAGCCACGAGCUGUUUCAGAUUCACCACCGGAGUCGGUAGCUAUGAAACGACGGAGGGCUGAAGUUGAUGAUGACGAUGAGUUGGGCAAAAUGAUGGGUGGCGGGAAGAGGCGCAAUAGUUCCGCGUCCCUCAAUAGCGCAAAGGGGAGCUUAGCUGCUGUGCAGAUUGACGAGAAGCGCGACGGAGCGCCCGUCGGGAGCUCUCUGAGCAUUGCAACAGACAAGGACGUGGAUCCUGAAGAUCUGGCGCUGGCGAGUCCGAAGGAUCAAUCAGCGAACCCAGCCGAGCCUGGGCACACUCCUGGACCGAAGCUUAGGAGGAAAGGCUCAUUGAGGGUUAGAAACGAAGGCGCGACGAACAUUGGGCGAUAUGCAAUCAAGCCGGUUGGCACCAGUAAUGGUGGCUCGGAGGACGGCGGCGAGAAGAAGAGCAACGGCGGCUCCGGCGGCUAGAAGGAUGCUGGAGUCAUGGUUGAUGAUGAUGAUGAAGAUUUGCCGUGCUGCUAUGCCCGUCACGAUUCUCCGCGUGCAAGUCCGCCGGCGCCGUCCUCUGAUUAAAAGUAUUGGCAGGUACGCGACGACCACUAUUCAGACAUCCACGCGGACGCCGAACCCCUGAAGCCGAUUCCAGCUUUCGCCAGAUCGCCCACGCUGCUCACGGCUGGAGAAGAACAGAGUUAACAGAAGCGGUAGCAUACUUUUGCUUGGAGGAAAGAAAGUUCUGGUACUGCAUUAUGACAAACGAAACUUGGACCCCUUUUGGAGCGCAUGAAGGAGCAGGACUUAUCUUUCUUGGCUUUGUGGCUGGCAUUGAGGACGGACGAGCUUCUCCUGGGUCCCCUUUGCCUGCUUUGCAGCGUUUGCACGAGUCGAGCUAUUCAAGCAUUUUAGUGUACAAGUGUAUCAUAGCACAGAGGAAUGAUGAAAUGGCGC